AUGGCUGAUAAGACAAAACACGUGUAACAGAAGUGGGUGGGGCUGAAACUGUAAACACCAACUGUGCCUGUCUGCUUACUUUCUGACUUAUUAAUGCGAUAAAGUAGCUAGCUGGUGAUAUGUCGUGUGAUAGCUAGCUAAGCUUAACAUGAAAAUGUUUCUUUAACCUAUAAAAUCUGAAGCGCAAGAUGCGAUGCUAUCUUCACACAUUUCUCCUGUGCAUGAUCUUCGUCUUCUUUUCCUUUUUGUAUGUGUUCAAUCAGCUAGCCUCCACCUUAGAGGACAGAGACGGGUGGAGAGUAAAAGAACACGGAAUACCCGGCAGGAAAAGUCAUGACACCGGGCACCUUCUCAGGAAAAGGCCAGGCCUGGAAGGCCUCCGAGACCGCGAAGAAGGGCUUGACAGGUGUAAGUCACAGUCAGUUUCUUACUGGAAUCCAUAUUGGAGACUGCCUGCUGAUGUUUGUGGAGUGAACUGCUUAUUGGAAUCAUCUUUUAGUGAGCGGUCAAACUCUGCAGUGAAGGCAGAAAGCAGGGAUGAGAGGAGUCACCUGGCUGUUGUGGCCUGUGGCCCCAGGCUAGAGGAAACAAUCACCAUGUUGAAGUCUGCUGUUCUCUUCAGCAAAAAGCCUCUGCACUUUUACAUCUUUGCUGAGGAUGAACUUCACAAGAGUUUCAGAAACACUCUGGAAUCGUGGCCUCGGAGAGUUCGGGCAAGGUUUAAUUCCAGCAUCUACCCUAUCACUUUUCCCAAGGAGAAUGCAAGAGAAUGGAAGAAACUCUUCAAACCCUGUGCCUCUCAGAGGCUUUUUCUGCCACUGAUUCUGAAGGAGGUAGACUCCUUGCUUUAUGUAGAUACAGACAUUAUUUUUCUGCAGCCAGUAGAAGACAUGUGGGCUCUGCUUUCUCAGUUCAAUUCAAGGCAAUUAGCUGCCAUGGCUCCAGAACAUGAGGAACCACGUAUCGGCUGGUACAAUCGUUUUGCCCGCCACCCUUACUACGGCAAGACAGGCAUCAACUCCGGGGUCAUGCUCAUGAACAUGACACGCCUCAGGGAAAAAAUGUUCAAGAAUGACAUGACAACAGUUACACUAAAGUGGGAGGAAAUGUUGAUGCCCCUUCUCCAGAAGUAUAAGCUCAACAUCACCUGGGGUGACCAGGACCUUCUUAAUAUCAUAUUCCACCAUAACCCAGAAAGCCUGUAUAUGUUUCCCUGCCAGUGGAACUACCGUCCAGACCACUGUAUCUAUGGCAGCAACUGUCAACAGGCUGAACAAGAAGGUGUCUUUAUUCUCCAUGGUAACAGAGGAGUUUAUCAUGACGACAAACAGCCAGCAUUUCGAGCUGUCUAUGAAGCAAUUCAGAAGUACCAAUUCGGCGACAACUUGGAGACCUCGCUGCUUCGACCGCUGGAGACGUCGCUGCAGACAACCACCCACACCUACUGCGGCAGAGCAAGUCACUUGCUUACAAAGAGGUUAAAACAGAGCAUCAUGUCUGUUCAACACAGAGAAGAAGGUGAUGAUGGGGGUCAGCAGGUGUAACAUCAAAGAAACGGUGCCUAACAUCUCUUAGGUGAGACUAGCUCUUCCUUUGUUGACAGUGAGCUGGAUCAAAAACAGACUCGGGUUAACAACGAGUCAUCAUUUGUUUACAAACAGUCUAUCAAGACACUGGGAAUGCAGAAGGGUAACCUGUUUUGAGAUUGUAUUUAUUUUAUUUUGUCAUUUUAUUCUAAAGCCAGUGUUGGUGCAUAUCCAUCAAAUGAACACAAUGGGUAU